GUGCCAGCUCCUUCCUGCCAUAAGUGUGCUAAUCUGAGUGCAGCAACCGUAUGCUCGUGGUUAUCGAAAAAUCACACUGACAGCGCUGAGCGUCAGUAGUGCAGCAACCAAUCAGCAGCGCAACCCGAUAUCUCGGUUGCGUAUGCUCGUGGUUAUCGGAAGGUCGCACUUGAGCGCCAGUGGCUCGCGCGUUGUCGCUUGUUUACCUUCCAUUAAAGACGGUGGGAGUGGCUUGCACUUGAUUACUACUUUCUUUGGCAUUCGGCAGCUGCUGUCACGUUGCUUACGUUCUCAUUGAAAACAGAUUUUUUUUUUUAUUGGCUUUGUUAUUUAGCCAUUUCUGCCCGCUUACGUAUGUAAGCAAGCAUGCCUAUUAGAGUUCUUAUGUUUUGACUCAUUACUAAACUGACUCAGAUGGUCCAUGAAGUGAUUAUCGCAUUGCAUUAUUAUGCCUGUGUUUUAAAAAAGAGAAGAAAGAGAGUUUUGUUCAAUAAUGUAGCUGCCAGUUGGUCGUUUCUUUGGCCUUCAAAUUUCCUUAUUAGACCCCUACCAGUUUUGAACAGCAAUAAUGCAAGACCUGACGGCACAGUUGCCAUUAUUUGGUUUUCAUAGUGUGAUUCUGUGGCUGAAUAACAUACUUGAAUAAAUAUGGCUAUGGUAGUUUUCCUACUGAGGCAAAAAUGGAUAGAAACCAUAGGGAUCUAUCCAUUUUCUGCACACAGGGGUACAGAUGCCUGCAUGUGUAGCCUUUUAAUCUGCUUUUGCGUUUCAUUCCUCUACAUUUGUGUUGUGUUGCAAAGGUUGAACUGGUGGUAAAACAUGAUGCAAGUACUACUCUAUGCACCAAUUUUUUUCUAAGAAUUGUAUUUCACAAUAGGGAGAGCUGACAUCAUUCAGACUGUAGCAUGAAGCUGCAAAGGAAACUCGUACUGGUGCUGGAAAGAGAACUUCGCUGUUGGAGAAAAAUUCAUCCUGGUGCAGCAACUGAAAAUGGCACCACCACCUUUUUGGCACCUUGUUUAUCUCGGCCCCUGUCAACAAUUGAAGAUGUGGCGCUCAGCCCCAGACAUGGUGCGCAGCGUCUUAUCCAAGUAUCAGCGAGAAUGCUUGCUUCAAGAGGAAGGCUCCCGCCAGGAGGAGAAGCGCCAGAGCCUCGAAGACGCUGCCUGGCGACUAGUCUGUAAGCUUCCACAUGCAAACAAAUUUGUCUGCAAACCUGUUGAAGCUGUCCUGCGUCGAGCACUUGAGGAUGGAGCCUCUUUCGAGCCUCUCCAAGCUGCCACCGCCUUUGCUGCUCUUGAAGAGUAUGCUACCAACUUAAUACUUCAGCCAUGGCGAACUGAGCUACUCCAAAUUAAGCUUUACAGUGGUUAUUACAAGCACACAGUGGAGCGGUACCUCAAGAAUGCAGAAACAGUGCUUCAACUUAUGGGUUAUGAGAAGCGAGAAGGCAGUGUACUAUACCUGGCUGAUGCUGUAGACACCGCCACAUUGGGUGAUGUGGCCCUAGAUUGCCUCAUAGCAGCAGCUGAAUGUAGGGUGCUGGCAGCUAUUAUGGAUGGCAUCAGGGAUCGUGGCUUGUCCUUGAGCUGGAAAGAAAUUUACAGAUUUCGGCGAGAAUGCAGCUGUGAUCCUGAGGAUGCUGUUCGAGGCCUGGUGCAGAAGCAUAAGUACAAGAGCUCCAAGCAGCCGGCUCCUGUAUUUGGUGCAAAUGAACCCUGUGUAUCAUGGAGAGAUUUACCUGUUAGUGAUUAUCAGAUGCCCUCCAAUGGCACUUGGCCAUCACCCCAUUGGCAGUCGCACGUAGGGGCAUCAGCUCCCGAUACCUCCGAUGCUAAACGACGCACAGCAUCAAGUUACAGAGCUUCAAUGCAUGCGGCCAGACACCCUGAGGAAUUGGUAAUGGGCAAUGCAGAUGUCUUGGGCAAUGCUAUAGGUGAUGGUGACUCUUACGCAGAUGCUUAUGGUGUUUCUGCUGUUCCCUGGAGUGGGUACUGUACUGCCACUGGUUACGACCUUCCUGGGGCUGUGUCAAGAGCUGGUGAUCGAUCAUUUCUGCACUGCAGUCUGGCUGGGGAACAGUGCUAUACUGUGCCUGCUGAUAGUAUGCCUGGCCGCCUACCACGCCACUCCGGGGACUGUAGCAGCAGUAGGGACGCAAUUGGCCAUCUGUCCCAAGAUUUUAGAUCACUUUCCCUGGGAUCCAAGCUGAGUGGGCUGGAAAUGAAUGGUAUACCUCAUGAACCAUCCCUGGCCAUGGCAAAUGCUGGACUGCCUCAUCAUCCUGACAGUGCUGGAGACUGCCUCGACGCAGCUGCUGUGGUAGAGGCCUCCCAACGCUACUUAGAGGCAGAGGAAGCAGCUAGUGACAAGCAGAUAUGGUCCUGUGGGGCGUGCACGUACCUCAAUGCACCAGAGCGUGAUGUGUGUGAGAUGUGCAGCAAAAGCAAGCAUCUGGGCCCUGAGAUGACUCCAUUGCUCUCUGGAGGCAAGCAGUGCCCUUUGUGCACACUUGUCAAUGAUCGUCAGGCAUUGUCCUGCAGUGCAUGUAGUCAAUCACUGAAAGACUCGCCCACAUACAUUUGAUAUACUGCCUCUAGCCCGGUGAUUGUGCUAGAUCUUAAGAAAUUGGUCAUGGGCAUUGGAAUAGACAAUAGUGUGUUUCAGCUGGCUUGCUGCUGUAUUUUCAUUGUUUUACAUCACAUCCUUCAGAGGUUCAUCACGUGCAAAUAGUUAAAGAAUGCCUAUCUUUGGCAGCUGGAAGAGCUAGCGUGAUAUAAAGGCUCAGCAUUAACAAAAGCUUUAACUUCUUUUCUUCCUUACAUUUCAGGCCUAGAAUUCUCUCUUAGAGAAUCCACGCUUUCUUUUCUUCUAUAGCAGAUAAGUGAUGACAAUGUUACAUUGAAGCCUUGGUUUUAGGCAUGGUAAUGUCUCCACAUAUAAAGCUCAUAAACAGUAUGUUUGCAGGUGCUCACCUGAUGUCCCUCUGGAGUGUUCUUCACAUUAUUUAUUUCACUAUGGCAUGGCCUUCAGUUGUAUUUUGCUGAAGUUUAUCAUCCAUGAGCAAGUGCUUUUAAGGCUAUGAGCAUUCAACAGGGUGCCAUCACUUUUAUGCAUUAGUCUUUAUUCUUGGAAUGAAACUAAUGUUAAGUUAGGGCAUGUACAGUUUGUUUGUAUAGUUUUUUGCUGUUGCUAGAUGCAGCAGGUGAAGCCCUUAUUACUACUUUUGUGAGUUAAGGACUGCUUCUAAGAUGUAAGGUCACAAUUCCUGCAUUUUGUGGCAGAUUGCUCUUUAACCACUUGUUAACUCAGGAUUGUUGUGCAGCUAAAGAACUCAAUUGAGAAGAACUUUAGAUGGCUCAAGUGUUUGUUCUUGUGUUGGCAUUGUUAGUUGUGGCAGCUGAAAGCUGUUUAUCAGUGUUACAGCACCUACGAAUGAAUGCAUUUUUGUUCUUAUACAAAAAUUUCACAUUUUAUCAAGACAUUCUUUUUAUAACUACUGCUCACCCCUGUCGCAGAAGAUUUCCACCCAAGAAGUAUCUUCAUUGUUAGAGGGCCCCUCACCAGGCCUCAUUGUAAAUGUUUGUUAUGCACUAGAAGUUCUUAAACGCCGUCUCGGGAUCAUUAUACCGAAAGAAUGUUUCAAAUCUGUUUAUUAUUGGAGGAGAUAGAAGAAAUUGAAUGCCCUGUUACCAUACCGCCAGGAGGUGGGCUCGACUGCCAACAGAGACACUCUCUCCCUCUGUCUCUUAUGGUGUCCACAAGCAACGUUCUUUCCCGACUUUCUCCCAUCCGGAUCCGAGGGAUUGUAUCAUGUUUACGUGAUAAGCCCCCCUGCCUCCUUUCUUUUCUUUUUUUCGUUUUUGCUAAUCAGCGCAUUUCUGGUGGCAGCGUUCUGUGUUCUGCAUUGCACAAUUUACCAAAGUAAUGUGCCAUGGUGAGUGAUGUUGCUAGGAUUGCUAUUUUUGUCAUGGCAUUUAUGCAUUUUACUUUUACUCUUGCUGGGAGCAGCGCUUCCUCGAGGAGGACGCACAGCAUUUGGUUUGAAAUUUCAGCUGUUUCUUCAGGGCGUGAAGUAUGUGCUGCGCUUGUCCGUUUAAAAUGGCGAAACCUGGUGAGGAGCCCUUUAAAGGGACGGUAAAGACAAAUGUUAAGCUGCACUGCUAACAUACACUUAUGGAACACUAGAAACAUCAGUCUUACUGUGAGCAGAGUCUUGGUAAGCCAAGAAAGAUGCAGACAUAAAAGACAAGCUUGAAGUUCCCGUACCAGCUCCUUGUGACGUCACGAGAUAUGGACAGCAUCUGCUCGAGUCUAGGUAAUCGUUUAUUAAUAAUCACGGUUUUUAUUGCAUUCUAAAGGAACCAAAGACACAACCCAGUGAGUUUUGAAAACGUUUUCUGAACAAAAACGUUAAAAAUGAAAAAAAAAAAACUUUUUUAAUUAUGACACCAUACUAAUGCAGGCACUGCAGUUCAAAUGCAAAAUUCAGAAGGGGAAACUUUUAGCUUCAUUUUCUUCGCUAAUAACGAAGUUAUUUUGCCUCAAAUUAAGUGCAAGUUGAGUCUUGAAAAAUACUUCGUCAGACUAAAGUAGGCAUUAGUGUUGUACUUUAGCGUCCCUUAGGACACUGAAGUUCAUAAACUGACACUGAGAAAGUGUGGCUACCAAUUUCUUUGCAGUAAUUGUUUGUCAAAAAAGUUAAAAGUGUCUCGGAAGUGCCAGCUUGUGAUUUUGUUUAUUCAGGGUUACAUUUUCUGUGUUGCUGCACCAGUUACAUAAGUGAAUGUAGAUACAUUGAUGAUAGGAAAGUUUGUCACUUGCAUACUCUACACAUCAAACAUGCAUAAAUAAAAUUUAUUGGCUUUAUGCAAUGUCUGCUGUCAAUUUUUAGCAAGACGUUGUGCAAUGCAGGUGAUGUGAAACAAUAUGGGACCUUUUGCUGGGUGCCUCAGUGCCGUUUCUUUAGCGAACUUCCUCAACAUGAAAGAAAGCAGAAGAAAGAAUUUUCAAGUUUUGCCACCGAGCAGUUUUCAUUCUCAGGUAAGGUAUCAAGGUAAGCCUUUACAUAGCUGCCAAAUUAUAAGAAUUAAGCAAAAGAGCCCAAUUUGGCAGUUAGAUGAGACCUGCAAGUCGGCUACUCAUGAAAUCAUGUUCCAGUUCAACGUUACUGCAUCAGGGUGAGCUGCGUGACCCUGUCAGAUUACCUGCACAUCCUCAAUCGGUUCUAAAGGUGAUAGGUGUAGUUUCCAACUCCUUCUGUACUUACCAGAAAAACUAGUUGCAUGCAGGCAAGACUUGUUUUGCACAAGCACUGAACUGGCACGGAAUUGCCAUUGUGUAUGCUUUUUCAAGAUUAAAUAAAUAUAAAUCGUUCCAAACCAGACUUUUUUUUCUUCACAAAACUAUUGCUCUUUUGGAAAUCUCUCAGAAAAAGCUUACCUAAUAAAUGAGAAAAUUUAAAUUGAGGCUUCAUUAUUGCAUUUUUUUUUCACACACUAACCACAAUCAGUGGUUCCAUUUUAGCAGUUUUGUGACUAGAUUUAGCAACUUUCCCACCUGUUUGCUUAGCGAGAAAUGUUUUUAUUUAGUGACUGACGACUUUCUUUAGUGACUUGACUGGACGAUUCACAACAUUUUGGCAGCUUCAAAGUUAAGAAAGUUACUUCAAAAAUGGCUUUCUUAUGCAUUCAAGAGCUACAGGUAGGCAGCUGAAAUUGGCUCCACGGUGCAUGAGCUUUGUAACCGUGAUGAAGCAACAGUGAACUCCACUUGCAAAGGCCAUACACUACAGUUAAUUGCACCAAGAGAAACGGGCUUCACAUUGUGCUCGUAAAAUGCAAGUUUUUUUAAAAAUUAUAAUUCUUUAUAAAAUAAUUAAGAUGUAUAUUAAGGAUGCGGGUGCUGCAGUUUUACUAAAUAUGUUCAAUUGGUGCCCAUUCACAAGUGUUGGAGAAAAUUAAUUUACCCAAACUUAAUACAAUAAUUUUUAUAAUGGCCUGGGGUUUAGAACGCAGCAAGUGAAGAAUGCGACAGACGAACUGUAAAAAGGCGUACAGGUUGGAGCGGCUGGGCUCGUUAACAUGAAUAUGAACGUACUGCUUCCAUUUCCCGUGGCUUUUGAAAAAAUAAAUACUGCAGGUUGCUUCCAGGUGGAUCAAAGGUUGGGAACAUAGUAUUUGACUUGUAUAAAGAUCACAUAAUUAUCAUCACUAUGUUGACAGCACGACUAAGUGCAUGUCGCAAAAUUUAGUUCUCAUUUAGCAAGCGCUGAAAACUAUACAAUUUGCAGGCAUAAUGUGGUCAAGUGCGUUUUUGUGCUGGAAAAUUGGGCUACCCAUGUUGUUUUGAAACGUGCUGGACUUGUAACCUUACAAUCUGAAUGUAAAUGAGGAAUUUAAGCGGCCAUUAUCUGUUGUUUUGUAAUUAUGUUAUUAAAUCUAAAGCUGGUAAA